AUGGGCGCUGAAGAAAGUAGACCACGAUACACGCUCGUGCCGCCCGUGUUCAAGCGCAGGCGACCCCUGCGAUUUGUGGAGGCACACGAACGUGAGUACGACGAGGCUGGCAAGGAAGUGCGCAGGCUGCUUUCCGACUUGUACACAACGGACAGCUCGGUCAGUGGUGAGUUCUUUGCGUCGCCCGAGGAGAACGUGGACUGCUAUGCGGAGAUCCAUCACCCGUACCAGAGCGUGGGCGGGAACACCAUCGAGGGCAGCGCUCUGUUUACCGUUCGGUCGGAGCCGAUGACGGUCGAGGGCCUGCUCUUCUCCAAGAACGGCGGCGGAGCGUCGAUCACGCUGGGCUAUAGGACCAAGGACGACAGCACCACCUCGUAUGUUGCCGCCGAACACAUGGUGAACAAGCCCGGCGGCGGAAGCGGCACUGAUCUGAAGGCCGGCAUCUUCUACCGCUACAAGUACCUGUCAUGCGGGGCCAGCGUCACCUCGCCGCUCGACCUGACGCUCAACGCCGCCAGUCAACGAGGCGGGCUCCAGGCGCUGCGACAGCGCGUCGACGGCAACGUGUGGGCCAUGUUCAAGCAGGGCACCGUCGCGCUGGGCACGGCUUGUCAGCUCGUCGACGGACGCCCUGAUGCGCUCAAUGGUGUCAUUUGCUACCGCAACCAGUGGACGCGACCCGACGAGCCGUGCACCGAGCUCACCAUCCGCACCACGCAGAAGAUCGCCGAUGGACAGAGCGCGCCCACUUUCCACGGCUCCUACUACCAGCGCAUGGUCACCCGCCGCAAAGUGCAGAAUCCGUUCGAGGAAGCGAAUGUCCAGUUCAUCACCAACUACGUCGACUUGGGCGUCGAGACCACGGUCGCCGCUACGGGCACCAAGAUGGCAGUUGGCGCGGCGUGGCAAGUCAACAAGAACACGCUGGUCAAGGGCAAGAUCGGCAACUCUGCGUUCUCAUUCUUGGUGGCCGCCAAAUCGUGGUGGGACCCGUCGGCCACGGUGGCACUCACGGUGUCGAAGCCGUUCGAUGGGGCCUCGCGGGGCACCAGGAUCGGCCUGGCCUUCUCCAUCGAGAACUGGGGCGGCAUCGGCUACCACCGGCCCUCCGACACCUACAAGCGCUACGUUCCCAUGCAGAUGGACCGAGUAAGCGACGAGACCGAACCCGACACGGCGGAGGCCCUCUUGCGGCGCCAGAAGACGGCCGCCAACUGA